CGAGCCCGAUAUCCCCAAAAUUCCCCAACCCCCGAAACCUGAAGAGGGCAGCCGCAAACCCAACCCUGAGCCCCGUCCGAUAGUCCCCGCACCCAGAUCUAGGGUUUCGCCUCCCCGCUUCAGGAGGAUGGCCGACCCCGCCGUCGGCGGCUCCCUUGUGCGCGCCGAGAACUGGAACCCCCAAUUCGGCGACAUGGUCUGGGGCAAGGUCAAGUCGCACCCGUGGUGGCCCGGCCACGUCUACAGCCUCUCCCUCUCCGACGACCCGGAGGUGCACCGCGGCCACCGCGAGGGCCUCGUCCUCGUCGCCUUCUUCGGCGACGGCAGCUACGGCUGGUUCGAGCCGCAGGAGCUCGUCCGUUUCGCCGACCAAUUUGCCGAGAAGAUCUCGGUCGGGGGCAACCGCCCCUUAGCCGCCGCCGUCGCGGAGUCCAUCGACGAGAUCGCGCGCCGCAGCGCGCUCGCGCUCCUCUGCCCCUGCCGCGGACCCGACUCCUUCCGCCCCCACAACGAGGACCCAAGUUACCUCCUGGUGAACGUCCCCGGGUUCGACUGCAACGCCGAGUACCUCCCCGCGCAGGUGACGGCCGCCCAGGAGCGGUUCGUCCCGGGGAAGUUGAUGGGCUUCCUGCAGGACGCUGCCGUUUAUCCGAGGGACGCCGCCCAAACGGCCGGCCGGACCUUGCCGGGGGUCGAGAUGGCGGCGAUGCUAGUUGCGUACCGACGAUCAAGGUAUGAGAAGUAUGAUAUUACCUACGCGGAGGCAUUCGGAGUGGACCCGGAGAAGGCGCUCGAAGCUGAGAUAAAAGCCGAGGCUGAACGGUCUCAACGAGCUCGGCCGCUCAGGGGCCGGCAGAGGAUGCCGCUGCCGGAGAAUGAGGCCGCCCCGCCCGCCAGGGGCCGGAGGGGCGCCGCGGGAGCCGCCGCGAGGCUCAUGGAGAAGAUCGUGCCUGGCGCCCCGGCCAUGAAGCUCAGGGCCAGCAGCAGCAGCAGCAGCAGCAAGAAGGACCAGUACCUGCUCAAGCGCCGGGAGCCCGCCGCGCUCCCUGACGCGCCGGAAGACGGCGGCCCUCCGCCUGGGUUCCCCCCGGCGGCGGCUGCCGAGCCGCAAACCCCGCCGUUGCCCGGCAGCGGCGGCGCCGGCGACGAGGAAGAAGAGUUCAUGCUCCAGAGGCGCGCGCUCCCCCCUGCCGGCGAGGGCAGCAGCGCGGACGCCGCCGCUGGCGUCCCGGCGAAGAAGAAGGCCAAGGCCAAGAAGGCCCGCGUCAAGCGCGAGAGGGAAGAGCCGGAGUCCUCUGGCGCUGCGGCGGCUGGAGAAGCCGCCGCGGCUGGGGAAGAGCCCAAGAAGAAGACCAAAAAGAAGAAGCUCGCUGAGCUUAACGGAGGCUUCCCCAUGGCCGGCGCCUCCUCCAGCAGCGGCGCGAAAUCAGGCGCCGCUCCCAAGGUCGAGCUCGAGGAGCUGGAUCUGAAGCAGGUAAUGUCCGACCUCCAAAAGCUCCCUGUGCUUCCCUUCCACGGCGCAUCCGGCGGACGCAUCUCUGACGCCUCUCAAUCCUUCGUCCUCGCGUUCCGCUCCAAACACUACAAGAAGAGCUACGAGAACGAUCCGCCUGAAGAAUCUAAGAAGAACAGCUCGGAUAAUGCUCCGGCGGCCGCGGCUGCCGCUGAUGGCCAGCCGCCCAAGCCGGCCAAGAAAAAGCAGCCGGUAAUGAGGCCGGCCGACCCCACCAGCGCCGGCGUGAAGCGCGGGCCCUCUGACCGGCAGGAGGAGCUGGCCUCCAAGAAGAAAAUCAAGCUCGAGAAGCUGAAGACUCUGGCCGCCGACAAGAAGGCUGGGCUGGAGCUGAAAGACACUGCGGCUGCGGCUGCUGCUCCGCUCGGGGCUCAGCAGCAGCAGCCACGGGCUGGCAUGAAGGAGAAGGCGGCGGCCAUGGCGGUGGCUGCCAAGAAGAAGACGCCUGCGCCUGCGGCGCCGGCAAGAGCCGUGAGGACGGCGUCGCCGACGGCGCUGAUGAUGAAGUUCCCGCUGAAGAGCACGCUGCCGUCGGUGGCGUCCCUGAAGGCCCGCUUCGCGCGCUUCGGGCCGCUGGACAUCGACGGCAUCCGCGUGUACUGGAAGUCCCACAUGUGCCGGGUUAUCUACAGGUUCCAGUCUGACGCCGAGGUCGCGCUCAAGUACGCCAAGGCCAAUGCCAUGUUCGGCCAGCUGACGCCGAAUUACUAUCUCCGCCCUGUGGAGUCUUCGUCCGCCGACAUGGGCCCUGAUGCCGCGGCGGCGCCUGUCCCGCCGCCGCGCUCUGACCUGCGGCUCAUGGAGACCACGCCGUUCAGGCCUGGGAGCUCCGGCAAUGGCGCUCCCCUGACGCUGUCCAGGGCUGUGCCGGCGCGCGCGGCCGCCGGGCAGCAGCCCAAGUCCAUCCUGAAGAAGAACAAUGAUGAUGGCGCGCUGGCCGCUGCGGCCAGGGACUCCCCUCGGGUGAAGUUCGUGCUGGACGCUGGGGACAGCAAGGUGGAGCCACCGGCAGUGCCGGAUGCUGUUGCUGCUGCCGCUGCACCGGGCAGCAGCAAGAUGGGGAGGUCGGUCGGCUUCGCGCCGCCGCCUCUGAUGCCGCCGCCCCGUCCGGCGCAGCCCACUGUGCAACUCCCUAUGCAUGCUCAGCCACUGCAGCUUUCCCGUGCUCCGGCUGUGCAGCAGCAGCUCCCGCCGCCACCUCUGCUACCAUACCAGCCAUCGCCGUCAUACCAGCCUCCUCGCACCAAUGAGCCACUGCAGUACCUGCCUCCUUCUCGCCUCAACGAGCCGUCGCCGUAUGCCCCUCGUCACAUGGAGGUGCCGCCGUCUUUCGCGGCACAGCCGCCGUACCAGCUGCCUCGCCACAGCGAGGGGAUACUCCCGCUCGCCCACCCCGGUCAGCCGCCUCUGCCAUACCCACCCCAUCCCGGCUUCCCUGGACAGCAGUACCGCCCCAACGAUAUGCCGCCAGCUCACCCCGUUGCCCACAACGCCGCCACUAGCUCCGCCAACACCGCCAGUAGCUCCGCCAACGCCGCCGGAGAAGACAUCCCAGUGUGGAAGAGGGGACCGAAGGAGUUCGACGCUGAGCUGAAGAGGGUGAUGCUGGGGAUCGCCAAGCUGGUGGAGCCCCUGACGGACAAGAACGGUAACUUCCCCUACCACCUCUUCAGCGGUUCAGCAUGAUCUGAAGCAAAGCUCCAUCCAUGGUAACUGCUGCCCUCUGCAUUGGAUCUGACUGCUAGGUCCCAGUGGCAGUGGCGAUAGAGCUAGUGCAGGAGUGUAGUAAAAGAGGCUGAUGCCUCUCGUGACAUGUAUUAGUGAAAAUUACCUGUCGUUUAUCUGGAUUUCUCUCUCUGGAUUGGUUCUUAGACAUCGUCAGACUCCAAGUUCGAAUAUGGUUAUGGACCCAGAUGUUGUAUGGUUAAGUCGGAAUUAUGGGUUUGCAUCCUAGCCCGCGGCGAAAAAUCUUUGAACAAUAUAGCCAAUUUGAUAUUCGAAUUCUUUUUUCUC